UGUCAUAUACAAUAUAGAAUUGAAUCUAAAUAAUAAUUAUUUAUGUAUGGCAUCAGUAAGAUCACUCUGUUAGUAAAAUCACUCUUACAAUUAAAAUUAAUAUAGAUACUUUGUCCAAAAAAACAAUUACUAAUAUAGAUGUGAUUUGUUUACAGGUAUGACUCAACUUUCUCUAGCCACAAAAAAAAAUUAUUGCGAAUUUAGGACAAUUGAUAGAGAUUUUAAAUGACAUAAAGUUAUUGUUCAUAUUUUACAUUUUUAUGAUCAUUUAUAGGGACCGAGUAAAUGAAAAAUAAUAUAUGAGUGGAACUUCUUUAUGUAGGCAUCAAAUUCGUCAAUUAAAUUAUUAUAGAAUGAUUUAUGAAAGUGACUUAGCAUGCAUAGAGAGUACUCGUAUGGAUAGAAGAACAUUUUUCAUUUUAUGUCAUCACCUCAAAACCACUGGAGGAUUGAAGGGGAGUAAAAAUGUGGAUGUUGAAGAAAUGGUAGCAAUUUUCUUACAUAUAAUAGCUCAUGAUGUUAAAAAUAGAAUUGUGAGACGCCAAUUUGCACGUUCUGGUGAAACUGUUAGUAGACACUUCAAUAUGGUGUUAAAUGCUUUGUUACAUCUUCAUGACUUAUUACUAAAAAAACAUGUGGCAAUUCGAGAUGAUUGUAUCGAUGAAAGGUGGAAAUGGUUUAAGAAUUGCUUAGGAGCACUAGAUGGGACAUAUAUUAAAGUGAAUGUCUUAGCUUCAAAUAGGCCUAGAUAUCGAACCAGAAAGAAUGAAGUUGCUACUAAUGUAUUAGGAGAGGUUUCACAAGAUAUGCAAUUUAUUUAUGUUUUGCCUGGAAGGGAGGGUUUAGCUGCCGACUCUAGAGUUUUACGAGAUGCUAUACAUAGGAACGGAUUUAAAGUUCCACAAGGAUACUAUUACCUAUGUGAUGCUGGGUAUCCUAAUGGUGAAGGUUUCUUGACACCUUAUAGAGGACAACGCUAUCAUUUAAAUGAUUGGACACACCCGCCAAAUAGUCCUCGAGAAUUUUUUAACAUGAGGCAUUCAUCUGCUAGGAAUGUAGUUGAAAGAGCAUUUGGGUUAUUGAAGGGAAGAUGGGCAAUUCUUAGAAGUCGAUCAUACUAUCCUGUUAAAAUUCAGUGUCGCAUCAUUCUAGGUUGUUGUCUUCUUCACAACUUGAUCAGAAGAGAAAUGCACAUGGACCCAUUAGAGCACGCAAAUCAUGAUAAUGACAAUGAUAGUGACGAAGAUGGUGAAUAUGUAGAUAAUAAUUGUUACACAUAUAUUGAGCCAUCAGAUGCUUGGACUGCUUGGAGGGAUAACUUAGCUAGAGAAAUGUUUGAGCAAUGGCAAGGAAACCAAUGUUUAUAAAUCUAAUUUCUAUAGUUUUAAGUUUUAUUACUAAUUAAAAUUUAUUUUUUAAAUGCUUGUAAAUUUUUUUAUAAAGAGUUGUAAUUGCUAAUUCAUUAUUUAUGAUGAAUUAUUUUUAAGUUGAUCAAGAUAUAUGUUAAUAUUCGUUAAAAUAUCUAUUUUAUUUUUUAUUUUAUCUUUAAUUCUUGGUUAUGAUUU